AUGACUGAGGAAAACCACUCCUCAAUUGUGCAAUUCAUCCUCGUAGGAUUCACAGAUUACUCAGACCAGAAGACACUUUUGUUUAUCUUGUUCUUUGUCAUCUACCUCAUCACCAUGGUGGGGAAUCUGUGUUUGGUGGCAUUGAUUUAUAUGGAAAGUCGUCUUCACACACCAAUGUAUAUCUUUCUGGGCAACCUGGCUCUGAUGGACUCCUGCUGUUCCUGUGCCAUCACUCCCAAGAUGCUUGAGAACUUCUUCUCUAAGGACAGAAGGAUUUCCCUCUAUGAGUGCAUGGCACAGUUUUAUUUUCUCUGUCUUGCUGAGACCACAGACUGCUUUCUUCUGGCAGCAAUGGCCUAUGACCGCUACGUGGCCAUAUGCAGCCCGCUGCAGUACCACACCAUGAUGUCAAAGAAACUCUGCAUUCACAUGAUCAUAGGAGCCUAUGUAGCUGGAAAUCUACAUUCCAUAAUUCAAGUAGGAUUUUUAUUUAGGUUAAAUUUCUGUAGGUCUCAUGUAAUCAACCACUUUUUCUGUGAUGUUCUUCCAUUAUAUAGACUCUCCUGUGUGGACCCUUAUAUUAAUUUUCUAAUGAUAUUUAUCUUCUCUGGAUCAGUGCAAACCUUUUCCAUUACUAUAGUUCUAAUCUCUUAUUUUUAUAUACUUUUUACUAUAUUCAGAAUGAAAUCCAAAGAAGGAAGAGGCAAAGCCUUAUCUACUUGUGCUUCUCAUUUUUUGUCUGUUUCAAUCUUCUUUGGUUCUCUUCUUUACAUGUAUAUUCGUCCAAGUUCUGUUAAUGAAGGUGAUAAAGAUAUACCUGUUGCUAUUUUUUAUACUCUAGUAAUUCCUGUAUUGAACCCUUUCAUUUAUAGUCUAAGAAAUAAGGAAGUGAUAAAUUAUGUUUUAAAAUUAUGGAUAAAAUAA